AUGUCUCUCCGCCUCCAUGGCGCGCCUGCACCGCAAUCCCAAGAGCCCCUCCGGCAGCUGGAAACCGGCUCCCCGUUGACUAACACUAGCCCACCUCCUCUUCGCCCCAUGUUCCCAUACGACGAGACACAUGGCUUCCUACUGCGUCUUACCCCACCCCCCGGACUGCUCCGUGUCCUCUCUUCCCUUCUCGUCCCAAUCUGCCCCCCUGCCCUUCUCGCAUCGUCCCUGUUAUCUGAAAGCUGCUCCACCUGCACGUUGGUAACUUCUCCCCUAUGCCCAACCUCGCAACCAGCCUCCCCCCUUGGGUGCCAGCAGGUCUCUCGUCACCCUAAUAUGACCCUUCCCCAUCACACGUCUCCCACUCGCCUUUCUUCUACUUUUCUCCUGGUCCUCGCCAUAAGCUUUCCUGCCGAGCUUGCUGAAACGCCCUCACUACACUAA